AAAAAUCUGUGAUCUUUAGUUGCUUUUGUGCAUUUUCAUUUGCAAGUGUACUGUGACAUUAAGGCCUUAUCCAGCACUAUAUUCUGCAAUUGUGAAGACUGAUUGUGGAUACUGUUUUAAUUCUGGAAACUAGUGUUAUUUUUUUAUUUAUUUUUAUUUUUUACAUCUUUUGCAUUCUCUUUUACGUUUUUAAGCAGUUCUGUACAUGGAUAACAAUUUUAUUUAAUUUUUCUGUUGUGUCGUUAAUGGGGAAUUUUACAUACUGCUACAAUACGUACCGGAUUUAAAAGUAUGUACUGUAUUACAGUUCACGUGUCCAGUCGUCUCUUUUGGCAAGUGAUAUUUUCAGAAUCAUAUCGUUCUGUUGAAAAUAUAGUACUGUACCAACAAAACCAACUACACUACAUCUAAAUGGAAGCCUACUCAUUUUAACACAGGCCUUUCAGCUAUGUAUUUUUGACAUUGUAUCUUUUUUGUUUUCCCUGAAAAAGCGGACAAGUUUGUCUCUUACUGCUGCGUUAUUUCCCCAAGUUUAUGCACUAACAAAUUUUCAAUGAAAGAAUAAACAUCUUCCUGUACAGUUCCUCAAACGAAAGUCAUAUUUUUCUUUCCGUACAAAAUGCGUGUGUGUGUGCAGGGCAGGGGGUUGUUUGGGUGGUAGAGGGCAGGUUACAACGUGCUCACCUACAUACGCGUCAAAUCAGAUGAAAUAAUCAGAUAUGCAUCACACUCGUUUAACCGUCACUGAAGUCAACAUUUUAUAGGGUUGGCUAUGCGAGUACUGACUGUAGUUUUGAGACUUUAAGAUGACCUUAUAGUACCUGGAAGCAUAACAUUUAUAUGUCCUCUCUAAUUGUUGGAUCUGAGAUCCUUCAUGGAAAUGGAAGCAAAUCUACAAAACCGUGAAGCUACUCCUAAAAAUAUUUCAGAGUAAGUACUGUUUUUUUUCCCCUGGCCCAAAUAUGACUGGAAAACUCAGCAAUAUAAAGUUAGCAGGAUCACUUAGAUUGGCAUGGAAGUACAGUAUGCUAAAUGGUAAAACUAACAUGGUCUUUAAAUUCCAAUGAGUACAUGACAGUGUUAACAGGCUGUGUGCUGUUAUGCUACAUCUUCUGGGAAUAAAAGACCUGCAGUACAAAGUGAGAUUAAUUCAUUCCAGCGACUGCCAUGGGUUUGAUUAAAAUCUGUUGGCUUCCAGUGAGAUGUUUUUCAAAAUAUCCAGAGCUGCUGGAAAAUGCCUUGGAGGAGUGUAACAGGGGGAGACCUGUGCUGACUCUGCUGGCGUAUUCUUAGUGCUGCAGGAAGAGGGCAGCAGUCGUCCAAUACCCGCCUGUCAGUCAUGGCAGUGACACAGAGAGGUGGGAGAGUGGGUGUGUGGGCUUUUCUUCUCUCUGAGUGGCUGAAAGGCGGGUCUUGGGGGGGAUUGCUAGCCCUAUAAAAUAAUACUCCACUGUUUCCUCAGCUCUACCCUUUUAAAAGACGUACCGGGAAGUACGGGAGCUCGGGUCGAGAGCUGGGAACAGCCGGGACCGAGAGAAAACCGGGAACAAAAAGAAAACGGAAAGUAAACUUAAUAUUAGUGGGGAACCCGUGGGCAGACCCCCUGUGUAGUUCUAGGGUAGACUGAGAAGACGGUCAGAGUAGGACGGAGACCCGGGCCGUGCGGCUAGCGACGGCUGGGGUAACGCUGCCGAAGUGCAGCACCUUUUAUUUGUAGUUUUGUUACUUUGUUUUAUUUUCCUUUUUACUUUCGCCUUUGGUUUUUGAAUUAAUGUUUGAGCACUUGUAAGUGCGCCCGCACUUGUUCUGUACCGCAUCUGGUAUUUCCGUGGUUCUGUUUUAUCAUUGCUUGUAGGCAGACCACGGUGAACAGCGCCCUCUGCGGGCUAAAAGAAAAAAUACACUCGGCACAAUAAAACUUGGCACUUGUGCGGUGCUUCAAGUACACCUUCUGUCUCCUGUGUGUCAGUGAAUCAAGAGAACACCCUGGACAAAAUCUGGUCCAGGGUGUUCUCUUGAAUACUGUUUAUCAAUGCCAAAAAAAGCAAAGCUGCAUUUAGAAUAUACUGCAUUUGGACAAUAGAAGGGGUAACUGUUGGGGAUGAAAAUCUGCAGUGAGAUGUGUGCAGAAUUUUUUUUAAUUGUUUUUUUGUGAAAGAAGUGAUUAUAGCAAACAAUGGAGAACCAUUGUUGUUGUUUUUUUUCCAGUAAUCUUAGUAAACCUGCGAUACAUGGAACCAAGAUUUCCCAGAAGCAAAGAGAAAUUAUUGCUAUGGCAGCUAGAGAGUGCAGCUCAAGAGCAAGGGGUGGGGACAGCACCCCCUUGAAGUCCAGUCCAUCCACACUGUCUAAGACUGAAAAAGCAUGGGCGACUCCUCUGCACGGUUCUCCCUCCCCCAAGUCAUUCCUGGAUCUUCUGAUGGAGGAGGAGGAGACAGUAAGACCUGUUCUCUCAUCCGGCAGUGUUAUCAAAAAGGUUUCUUUCAAAGACACUGAGCAGCAUGAAAAUGAAAAGAAGCUGCCCGGAUGGCCAGCCAAAAGCACCCACAGUAUAGGUGACCACAUCCCUACAUCAGCACAAGCAGAUGGCUACAAUCCCUGGUUGAAGCCUGCAGUGAACAGUCCUCCCGCAGUGGCUCCAGUUACUUUUGCAGCUAUUGUGGAGGAAGAACAGCAACAGGAAGCUGCUCUUCUUAGAAGCAGAGAGAAGCCUUUGGCAUUGAUCCAGGAGCAGAAAGAACCAAAGGUGCCGUACAGCUUAAUUCGGAACAUCAAGGAUGAAUUUUGCAAUGCAGAAUUGAAAAGCUAAAUAAGGCUUAUCAUACCAAGACUAAUGAUGCCUAAUCUUACUUUUCUGCUAACAAAAUUAUGAUUUAAUAAAGGUCCGGGUAACAUUUUAAAAUCACUUGUCGGUAACCCCUCAGUCAUUGAAUCAACCUGUAAUUAUCCUUGCCGUUAUGUUAAUGACCUCUUUUCAUGAUGUUUACUAGCAUUCUGCGUGGUUCUUAUUGCAAUUGAUUAAACUCAGACUUAAAAAUAAGCGUGCGAGUAAUUGCAAUGAGAACCAAUAAGAAUGAUUUAAAAACAUAUUUUUUCCUUUCAAAUCUUUUCAAACAUCAUUUAGCUCCUCCAGCUAUAAUCCCGAUCCAGUGUUGUGCAUUUAUUUGAGAUCAUCAUUUGUUUUCUCAGGACUGUGCCAUUGCUUUGGUCCUGUCCCUCUGUCAAUCUGGUGUAUGCUUUAAUUUCAUCUGGAAUUCAUUCGUGUAAUUCCUUGCCCUACAAGGGGUUUCACUUGUAAAGACCAGCUUAUCUAGAGUUGUUUGACUUUCCUCCCAUUUUUUGUAAGAAAAAUGAUAACAUUAACAGAUUGAGGAGUGUGCUACUCAAGAUUUACUCAUCCACUACAAUGCUUUUGACAACCCAGAUGAGUUCAUCACAGUGGAGAAAGCGUCCCAAGGACCUAUAGCAAUUCCAAUGUGGAAUAAACACUGAGCCUCCAUGUCCCCAGAUUUGGAUUUUGGAGUUGGAUUAAAUAUAGGUACUCCUACCAGACACUAACUAGACCUCAGUAUUUUGGUGUAGCAGUGUGUCUGAACUAGUAAGCUUUUCAUUUGUAGAUUAGGAUUCAGCAUUUUUAAACGGUGGUUGUCCACAGCUUGUAUUACCACUGUGUUAUUUUGAUGGAGGAGGAAAUGCAAACUCUGUAUGUUUGUGCUUUCAGAAACUUUGUAUUGUGUGUAUUCUCGCAUCUUAAGCUCAUUAAUAAAAUUACAUUAUACACUAGAAAUGUUAUUCUGGCCUUUGUGCCUUUUUUUAAUGCAGAGCAUGUAUGGCCUUAUUGGUAUAUGAUUGUAAGCAGCAAUGCAAAAUAUUAGAGCAUUCAGACAUUUGCAUUUUAAUGUGCUUGAAUUACUUGCUGCUUAAUUUAGGGGGGUGGGGGGGUUGUGCGGGGUUGUCGAAAUAAUCAUUAGUCUGUAAUCAAAUGAAACACAAAGCAAGUGUGGUGUAAUGUAAUACAAAGUAAUUUGAUUAAGCUGGGGAAUGUGUCACUUUAGGAUUCUGCUGGAAAUACAGCAGCAUGCAACUUGGAACAAUACAUAACUCACCUGUGCAUUGCAUGUCCCUUUACAUUUAUUUCCAUUUGUUUCAAUAUUGAUGUUAAAAGAUGUUUGUGCAAGUUAAUAUUCCAAUUUUACAGGAAUGCCAAAAGAUAAGAAUACGUAUAAAUAUGGUUGAUUUGAAUGCAUGAAAAAUGAUGUAUUGCUGGAAAGAAACUGGAAGCUUGUUGCUGUUGGGAAUCUUCCAAAACAAAAUAGCACAGCAUCUUACAUUGACAAAUGAGUUUACUGUCAUGAUUAUAUAAUUUGCACUUCUUAUUUUUGCCUCUUGAAUGACCAGAAAUAAACCAUUAGUUAAUUACAAUAGUUCAAACAGUUCCAGAAUAAUUUAGUUGCCAAGUAAUUACUUUAGGUCCACUUUUUAAUGGAGACGGGCAUGUUAUGUGUGGUUCACUUGUUAGUAUUUAUGCCAAUAUGUUUAUUUGACACACAAUUCUCUUAUUUCUGGAUAGAAAGAUUUAUUCCACAUAUGCUAAUAAUA